GUUUCGGCGGCAGCAGAAGCGAUGGGCAACUCGGCGAGCGCGGACACCAGCGCGCGGGACAGCGUGACCAACCUGAGCAGCCACGAGAAGCAGGCCAUCCGGGACACGUGGCUGGCCUUCAAGAAGCAGCUGCGCACGGGCAGCGUGACCAUCUUCGUGGUGCUCUUCAUGCGCCACCCAGAGUACCAGAAGCUGUUCACAGCGUUCGCCGACGACCCGGCCAGCGAGCUCCCGAAGAACCCGCGCAUGCUGGCGCACGCGCUCACCUUCGCAUACGCCAUCACCGCCAUCGUGGACAGCCUGGAAGAGCCGGAGACGACGAAGGAGAUCGUGCGCAAGGUGGCCAUCGCGCAUGCGCACCGCGCCUCCGACAUGAAGACGGCCUUCGAGAGGAUGGGCAGCACGGUGGUGGACACGCUGGUCGAGAAGCUCGGCUCCAGCAUGACGCCCACAGCGGUGGCCGCGUGGAAGCAGCUCUUCACCUUCAUCGUGGCCACCAGCGAGAAGACGUUCGAGGAGACCCUAAGACGCGACGGCCAAGGCCACCAGGCGUCGUCCAAGGCGUCUUCCUCGUCCCGCGCAGGCUCAAAGUCCUCGAGUCCAAAUUCACAGCACCCAUCGGCAGAUACCUAGAGCUAAAGGGGUGGACGCGAUGACGGAAGAAGCCAGCCAUCCGAACUGCCCCGGGAGUGUUAUUACCCGUCGCCGUGCACCCAGAACUGAGCGCCGUUUUCCAACGUUUAGCGCCUUCCAUUCGGUGUGCCUUCGAGGGGCCCGAUAAAUAAAGGUGGAAUACGUUCUUUCUGUUC